UCCAGUGCAGUGUUCGGGCAGCGCACUUCCUCCUCGCUAACAGGCUAACGACGUUUAAAUCGGGGUUUUAAAAGUGUUUUUAUUAUUAUUAUUAUUAUUAUUAUUAGUGUUUUUAACUCUGCGAUUGGAAAGUUGAUGUGUUUUUGUUUCUCAUAUCGAAAGGAUUUUAUUAUCGACAUCACAGUUAUUGUAGAGUUAUCAGAGCUGCUGUUUGUGUUCAGUCUGGAGAUCUGUUGUUUUUAUCUGUUGGAGUUUUUAUUUCCGACAUGUGGAGCUACACACUGCUGUUUGUGCUGCAGAUCUUCAGCUUUGCUCCCACUGUAUCCGGUGAUGUUUCUGUAACGGCCAAACUUCAUCACCCCGUUACCCUCACCUGUAACUCCAGAUGUUCUGGUGUACUCAAAUGGAUUAAGUUUCAUAAACCAGGUAGUGUUCUGGCUCGGUGUGAUCAGACCUCCUGCAGGUCAGAGGAGGGAUUUAACAUCUCUCAUGAUCAGUACCUGAAGGGGAAUCCACAUCUCACCAUCACUGCAGCUGAUUACAGUGCGAGAAGAUUGUACACGUGUCUGUGUGACAAUAAGGUCGUCUGUAACGUGCGUCUCCUCAUCGAGCCUCUAGAGAUGACCCAUGUGAUUGCCCCAGGUGAACCCAUAGAGGUGUUCUUACCCCACACUGACCUGGUGGAUGUGAGUUUUACUGCCAGUGAUGCUGUACAACCAUCAAACCUGCAGAUCUGCAGCGUGGACAAGGAGAAGAUCCAGUGCAGUCCAGAUUAUAAAGAGAGAGCGUCUCUCCUCAACACUCUUCAGAUUAAAGAUGGAGACGUCUCUGACUGUGGGAACUACACAGUACAGGAUAUAGUGAAUGAUGAGACUUUAGCCAUCGUAACAGUCCAUGUGAGAGAGCCGUCUCCAGACAUCAAGCCGUGUCCAGACAUUAAGCAGCAGGAAGGUGUACCAGUGUGGGGGAUUGUACUGAUACUGAUGGUACUGCUGCUUGUAUCUGUGCUUGUGGUUGUAUCUGUGAUGUAUGUGCGUCUGAGGAGAGAAGUUCAUCAGCUCCGUGAGAAUGCUGAGAACAGCAGACUCGCUCUCCUCCAGCAGAAUGGAAACGGUAACCAUCCAGGAGAAGAGUCGAAUUUAAAGAACCCUUAGGCCAGGUCCAGAGUGUAUGAUAAGAUAAUUAAUCAGAGUGUAGAUGAGCCACGUCGUAUAAAACUAUUGACGGCAUUACUCAUGUUACACUCCAUCCACUGCCAGCCCGUGCAGAAUACAAUUCACUUUAAUCUAUUAAAGUUUUCAGUAAGACAGUCCGUCUGUAGGGGCAAGAAAAAGUAUGUGAACCCUGUGGAAUUUCAUGGUUUUCUGCAUAAAUUGGUCAUAAAAUGUGAUCUGAUCUUCAUCUAAGUCAGGGGUAUUGACCAAUAUAAUGUGUCUAAAAUAAUAACACAAAAAAUUCUGAUCCCUCAUGUCUUUAUUGAACACGCUCAUUAACAUUCAAAAUGGCAGUGGAAAAAGUAAGUGAACCCUUAGAAUUAAUAACUGGUUGACCCCCCGCUUGGCAGCAAUAACCUCAACCAGGCGCUUCCUGUAGCGGUGGAUCAGACCUACACAUCGUUCAGGAGGAGUUUUAUCCCGUUCUUCCUGCAGAACUGCUUUAGCUCGGUCAUAUUCUUUGGACGUCUCGUGUGUACAGCUCUCUUCAAGUCAUUCCAUAGCAUCUUUAUUGGGUAGAGGUCUGGGCUCUGACUCCGCCCCUCCAAAGGCGGAUUUUGUUUUUCUGAAGCCGUUCUGUUGUGGACUUGCUCCGGUGUUUUGGGUCAUUGUCCUGUUGCGUCACCCAACUUCUACACAGUUUCAGCUGACGCACAGACUUUCUCACAUUAUCCUGAAGAAUUGUCUGAUAUACUCGGGAAUUCAUCUCCCCUCAGUGACUGCAAGCUGGCCGGGCCCUGAUGCAGCAGAGCAGGCCCAGAUCAUGAUGUUUCCUCCCCGUACUUUACGGUUGGGAUGAUGAUGAUGUUUUCAUGAUGAUAGGUCGUGUCCUUUUUACUCCAGAUGUAGUGCUGUGUGCUUUUUCCAAAUAUUUCAGUCUUGGUUUCAUCAGUCAUCUUUUCAUCUUUUUUCCUUGUACAUUUGUAGGUCAUUAGUGUUUUAUUUUUAUUCACAGCAUGUUAUACAGCAUUAUACAGUAUACUGUGUUUUGUAAAUUUUGUAUUUUGUGUAAAAGAUUUAAAGUUUUAUAAAAAUAAAGCAUAUAUAAUAAUAAUAAUAAUAAUAAUAAUAAUAAUAAAAAUAAAGCGUUUAUGCUUCUGAAAGUU